AAGAGGGCGUGCUCACACGCAAUACCGAACCAGGAGGCAUUGUAGUGAGUAAUAAUUGCGCGUCAGGGCAGUAGUAUCCUUUCUGAGGAUGUGAGGGUACUCUCAGUAAUGUUUCUAUUAAAAACAGGGUGCCCGCUUUCUUACAGCAUCGUUCAGGCUCUCAGAGGUCGAUCCGAGCGUUUUGCGUCGCCUUUCUUUUCAUGAAUACGGCCACAUUGUCAACCUGCUGGGGGCCCAGACGCAGAGCAGCGCCCGGCUUUUAUGAAUGGAUGCUCGGUUUUGAGGCUGACUGCAGUUGAGGAGCUUCAGUAUUCAUUCCAAGGCUUCCAACAAGGAUUAAAGAUUUGGAAACUCUUUAAUUUGACUACCUCUUUCUGAAUACAAACCACCUACUUGGCUAUCAUGCCAAUCUUGAAACAGCUAGUGUAUGGGUCCUCACAGACCAAGCGCCGCACACGCAUGGACCUGACCAGGGAGAUGAUCAGUGCUCCACUGGGCGACUUCCGCCACACUAUGCAUGUAGGCCGCAGUGGUGAUGCCUUUGGAGACACCUCCUUUCUUAGCUCCCACUCGGGGGAAUGUUCCCCUGAGACCACAUCCUUCCCCCGCUCUCCCCGGCCUGGUCUCCUGUCCCGCACCUUCAGGAGCAGCAGACGUUCGCAGUCUGUGACCAGAGUAGACCAGCAGACCCUGGCAGUCCAAGGUGGGUCACCUACCUACGUGAAGAAUGCCAUGUCUCUGCCUUUUCUCAAUAAUGAGGACAGAGGGGACAGUAUGGUAGCAAAGAGUCUGUCCUCAAGCCCUUUAAAGGAGCAUGGAGAUGUGGAUGGGAGAGGUGCAGCUGCAGGCACUCACUCCAUUGAGCUGGAAGAACGUAGUUUUGGGGAGCUGACUGAGCUUCCAGAGAGCUCCCUUCUCUAUGGAGGUGGAAUGAAGCAUGCUGUGUCAGUAAUGUCUUUCCAUGUUGACCUGGGACCUUCCAUGCUGGGUGACAUCCUGGGGGUGAUGGAAAAGGAAGAUGACGAUCUUGGCUACGAGGAGGGCAAGAGUAGCGAGGGCCAUGCCUCGCCACAUCUCAGCACCCAUGGUGAAGAUGAGGAUAGCACAAAGAAGGAAAAAGAUGAGGAGCAAAUGGAGAUGGAGGAAGAAGCAACAGAAUUGCAGCAACAGCCCUUUAAGCAUCCAGCGCACUCUAUUGAUCUGGGGCCUGAGAAUGGAGGGCCCUACACCCCAGUGUAUACUCCUGAGACACGGCCAAAACACUUGCAGCAUCUAGACAGCUGCUCCGUGUCCAGCUCUGGCUCUGCUGCCCUGGAUGAGAAACCAAAUAGUCACAUGUAUGCAGGAGAAACUGAUAGUGCCACUUUCAGUGCCCCACCUGGGGAGGAGAGCAAUUUCUCCUCUUUCUUGGAGGAUGAAGAUGAUGAAAUCCAUGUAUGAAAUUGCAAAGCUUUCUAAAAAGUAUGACAGAGCUCUGGAAAGGGUUUAUGUGAAACUAGUGACAGAGUCGAUUUGCACUUGAAGACUGUAGUUGGGUAAUGGGACUGUGCGGAAGUUAGAGGACUCUGUAGGUUUGCAAAGAGUGUGACUGCUCCUUUAGGACAAGCCCAAACUCUGUCAGGGAACUGUCCCCUCCACUUUCUGUUUGUCAGUCUCUCUUCCCUUUGAGCUGUGAGGAAACUGACAAGGAAAAGCAGCCACUUUUGAAUAUGGAACAUUCCACAAGUGGCAGACAGAAUGGGUUAGAAAGGAACUUUUGUUGGAAUAACACCUUCUAUAACUUUCUUUUUCUCCUAUUGCACUUGACAUGUCACAUGUGGCUUUUACAUUUUAUGAACCUAUUUCUUCCUGCUGUUCUGUCUUUUGGCUGUGGGACUUCAUAAGGCCUGAGCUGAACAGAAGGCCUCUGUCGCCACAGGACCACUGGUGGGUGUCUUGUCACGAUAAAAGGGGGCUGUGUUUGUCGCUCGAGUGUGAAGCCCUGCUUUGAGCCUUGUUCAUCUGAAAAUAUUAUAGUAAAGUGCCAUAGAUUUGUUAGUUUCCCCCUUAUGUAACUCGGGGUCCCUGUGCCGCUGGUCAAAGGUGGCCCUGGACCACAAAGCUCAAACCAAAACUUUCAGUUAUUGAUUCAGUGCAAGUGUGAAGCAGGUGUAAACUCAGUGUAAAUGAAAGACACAAGGGCUGCAAAGCAUGGUGUUACUACAGGAAACUAGAGGUGUGAAUGUUUGUGGCACACUGGAGAGGGAAUGUACACUGUGCUUGUUGUCUCUUUGUGUAUAAACAGAUUCUUUAACUCUCCCUAAAGCCAUAAUGAUGGUGAUUUGACAGGUUUCCAUAAACUGACAUCGACUGGCAUUCUUCUGCUGUCACUUCAAGUUGAAACUGAAAAGAGUUUGAUAACCACUUCCUUCCUUGUUUCUCAUCUGAGCAGCUGCAGUGGUGCAACUGAACUGUGUACAAGAUGUUGAUCCUUGUUAGUCCAGGGGUUGCCUUUUAAUGUAUAAACCAGUUUCCAUCACUACUUAUGAAGAGGGCUAUUGUUGAAAAACAGGCACAAUUAAACCACACACUACUUGUAUUUAGUGUUUAAUACCUGUGGUUGAUUUUUGUCUUUCUAAAAAUAUGUGCUAUAUAUUGUGUUACACCCCUUUAAAGACUGACCGAAAAAUAAGACACAGCUAGUAAUAGAUGCAAGAGCAUUAAGAGGAGAUUACGUUUUUUUUUUUUUUAAUGCAAGUUGUGUAGUCAUUGCAGCUUGACUGUAUCUCUUGCAUCAUUAAAAAGUGUUGCCAGGAAGUGCUGAGGCUCAGUUGCGCUGAUUGAUUUUACUGCCUUAACUGAAACAGACAGAUGUGCCAAAUCAUAAUUUUCUAGGCAAAGGUUUUAGUUGUGAAGCUCAUUAUUGGGAGAGUCUGUCAAACUUGUCACUCCCUUCUUUAUGUGGGUAAUCACUGUUGAAUUUAAAUUAUGAUGGAUAUGAAUUAGCAAAACUGGAUAUUUAUAGUUGCAUUCACUCACACUACAAAAUGUAUUCAGAUCAUUUCACUGCUUCAUUUUCUCUGUGUUGCCUUGUUUGUGUUAUGCUGUAUAUUAUGCUUUACUGUCUUCUCUAAUGUAUAUUUACAGCUUUUUUCUGUAUUAUCCA